UUCAUUUCUGAACGCUUCUUCCAAUUUCGAACGGUGCCGUGAAAAAAACGGUUGGCUCUGUUGCCUAAUUAACUUUUUAAAUUGUUUUUGGCACAUCUAUUGUUUGUUUGGUUAUUGCUAAGAAAAUAAAGAUGAUCAGCCACAUCAUUCUUCUCCUCGCUUCUGCAUCCCUCGUCCUGGGCCAUGGCAGAGUGACGCAGCCCCCCUCAAGGGCCUCAGCGUGGAGGCUUGGCUUCCCGACACCUGCCAACUAUGACGACGAUGGUCUGAACUGUGGCGGUUUUUCCACGCAGUGGUCGAGCAAUGGUGGCAAAUGCGGUAUCUGCGGCGAUUCCUACAGCAUCCCGCCCCCGCGGCCACACGAGCUCGGCGGCAUGUACGGGAUCGGCGUCGUCGUCGCCAAAUACCUCCCCGGGGCCACCAUCCCCACCACCACCCACCUUACCGCCUCCCACAUGGGUUAUUGGGAGUUCCGUCUCUGUCCUGACCCUACAGAUAAUACCCAAGCAUGCUUUGAUAAACAUCUACUAGUCUCUGAAGACGGAGAUACAAAGUAUAGUCCAACACGAGGCAGUGGGAUGUAUGAAGUCAAUUAUAAACUACCAAGUGGAUUAGUUUGUGAUCAUUGUGUACUUCAGUGGAGAUACGUAGCUGGCAAUAACUGGGGUACCUGCAAUAAUGGGACUUCAGGGUUAGGAUGCGGGAAUCAGGAGGAAUUCAGAGCAUGCUCCGAUAUUUCUAUUGGUGUGUCGAAAAUGUCGAGCAAUGAAAACCUGCCGUCGCCGCUGUUGUAUUAUUUGCAACAUGGAUUCUAUGAGUUAGAUCAAGGUAAGGAAGUCGAGAAUGAUCUGAAAGAGUAAGGGCCCAUUUAGAUGGUACGAGAACGAGAGAGAGAGAGAGAAGAGAUACGAGUUUUAUUACAUUGCGGUAUAUGUAUGUAACGUCAACAGCCCGCAAUGCAACUAAAAUCGCAUGCGAGUUUGCACGCCGUCUAAAUCAGGCCUAAUUUUGGUUAGGUUUUGAUACUUUCAAUAUCUAUAUGUCAAAUAUAGUUUAAGUUGUACCCAGUGAUUUUGGCGCCAUAUAAGUUUAGCUAAUAAGUGUAAGUAAAUUUUGGAGAUGAAUGAAUGUAGGUCUGGAUUCUGGAACCAAAGUGAUUACGAGUAGAUUAAGUUAUUUAUUGUUUUGUAAUAAAACAUAAUGAAAUAAUG